AUGUCCUCCCGCACCGUGCCGACCAUGAAGUCCUUGUCCAGCGCUGAUCGCCGCUCUGUCAAUGCCAAUUACACGUCGAGUGCGCGACCCCGCGUCGCUUCUGGAGAGGACCUCGACCGACGCAGCUCUACCACAGCGUCACAUGCCAGGAAACAGUCGGCUCCCAUGCGCCCCGCAGGCGCAACCUCAGGCGAGCGUCGCGUCGAGAAGAAGGAGGUGCGCGAGCGGGAGACGGAGGUCAGGCGGACCAAGAGCCCGCUGAAGCAUGCCAGCGAGAGUCGAGUCCAUGCUCGAAGCCGCUCGGAGAAACAAGCGCGAGAUGUCGAGAGGCCGUCACGCAGCGCGGCCUCGCAAAAGUCGAUACCAGAAGAGCCCCAGCCGCCAUGGGAGCCCCAGGCUUCCUUGAUACCACACACGACCGCCCCGCUGGCCACGCGCAUCUCGAUACCGCCGCUCGCAUCCACCGCUCCUGUAUCGCUGCAACCCACGCCGCUCGCAAAACUGUCGCUCGAGGCACAAGAGAAGGCUAUAUUGGAAGACUUGCUGUUUGUUUUCAUGGGCUUCGAAGGGCAGUACAUUCGCUUCGGCGAUGGCUACAACCCCCAUGAAGAGAAGGAGCGUUUGGUUGGGCCACAGUUUCGCCUGAUGCCUGGCUUGGAUCCUAGCCUGAGGGACCUGACCAAGUCGAUGCUGAAGACGGCCACACACUACAUCGCUGUCGAGACUUGUGUGGAGGUGUUGAGCCGGGAAGAGUACGGUGCAGUCAACCACGCCCUGUGCGCUGCCGUGCGGCGCUUGCUCAAGGACUACCUCACACUCAUCGCCCAGCUUGAGAACCAGCUACUGACCAACGACUCUUUCACACUCCAUGUCUUGAGCUUGCAUACCAAACAGACGAGCCACAUGCUCUUCCAGCUCUACACCACCGGAAUCGAACUGCUCAAAGCAAACGGCAUUCUCGAAGACGAAAAGGACGAGGACUCAGCGGAUGAUGACAGCAAUGACUUUGAAAACAUCCUCGAGUCGUUGCGCGAGGGAGGCAACGCAACCAAGAAGCUUUGCAAAGGCGGGAGCGUCCUGGGCCUCAUCACUAAGCGACUAUCUUCAAUGUCAGGAGAUCCUGCAGCUCGGGCACUGUUGACCACGCUGUUGCGAGAAGCCAGUAGACCGUACAUGGCUAUGCUGAACGAAUGGCUGCACCAUGGUGGCAUCAAAGACCCUCAUUCUGAGUUUUUGAUCAAAGAACAGAGAAGCAUCAAGCGAGAAAGGCUGGAUCAGGAUUACACGGACGAAUAUUGGGAGAAGAGAUACACAAUACGCGAUGCCCUAGUGCCUCCCCAGCUUGAAGCCGUCAAAGACAAGGUGCUCCUAGCAGGAAAGUACCUCAACGUGGUUCGAGAGUGUGGAGGCGUCGACGUUAGUAAAGUCGUGCAGGACGCGCCAACUAGCUUCGACGAUCCACGCUUUCUAGACAACGUCAACUCCUCCUAUGCCUACGCAAACUCCUCGCUCCUCAAUUUGCUUCUCACUACACACCAACUGCCGGCACGAUUACGUUCACUUAAGCACUACUUCUUCCUCGACCGCUCCGACUUCUUUACUUACUUCCUCGAAAUGAGCGAGCUUGAGCUCAAGAAACCAGCAAAACAUGUCAACGUUGGAAAGCUGCAGUCACUGCUUGAUCUCGCAACUCGACAUGCUGGAUCAGUUGCUGUGGAGGACCCGUACAAGGAGGACAUCAAAGUUCAGAUUAACGAUACUGGCCUUACAAAUUGGCUAAUGAAGAUUGUCAAUGUCCAAGGUCUCGACCAGGAUGCUGCUACCGCUACCCUGUCCAACUACACACCUGCAAACUCGGCGCCCAUCACCGACGACUCCAACAUUACCGGUUAUCAAGCACUGGUAUUUGACUACGCUAUGCCAUUCCCUCUAUCACUCGUCGUUAGCCGGGUCACCCUCACUCGUUACCAACUACUCUUCCGAUAUCUACUCAGCUUGAAGCACCUCGAGACUGAUCUCGCCAAGUGCUGGGGUGAACAAGGCAAGAACGCAGCCUGGAAACAUCGAUCAAAGAACCCACGGAUAGAACAGUGGAAACGCCGAGCUUGGACACUGCGUGCGCGCAUGUUAGUCUUUGUCCAACAGCUUACCUACUACUGCACGUCAGAAGUUAUUGAACCAAAUUGGGCAUCAUUAAUGUCGCGGAUAAGUGAGGAGAAGAAACAGGAUGCGCGUGGUAAGGGGAAGACAACAGAGGAUGAGAGCGGUGGUCCGCAAGUCAAGCGAACUGUAGAUGAGCUGAUGCAGGACCAUGUGGAUUUCCUUGCGACUUGCUUAAAGGAAUGCAUGCUUACUAACAGUAAACUGCUUCGGAUCAACAACAAGAUCAUGUCAACAUGCAGCAUGUUCGCAUCCUUCACCUACUCCCUCUCUCGCUACCUCGUCACCGGCGACCCCGACCUUGUCGCUCAAGUAAAUGCGUCCUUCGCUCCUCCCCCUUCCAAGAACUCCAAGCUGCCUGCCGCUGCACUAGUCGCUUCAACACAUCGGCCUUCGACUCAAUUUGUGUACGACCCUCAGCGCGUCGACAAGAUGUUCGACAUGCUUGCUAAAUACGAGGAGAACUUUACCCGGCAUCUUAAGAUUUUGCUGGAUACGCUGAACUACCUCGCUGCCACUGAGACAGUAGUUUUCUUGAGCCUUUGCGCUAGGUUGACGAGUGCUGGAGAGGGUCUUAGUGGAUUCCAAGUGCCAAUGGGUAUGGAGGGGAUUGCUUAA